ACACUGUGAACAGAAGAAGGGGAUGACCGGAUGAGGAGAGGGUCCCACGCUAUCCCAGCCUGAGGACGCGGCCACGCCAUGUCAGACAGCACACAGAUCACUCCUCGUCUCGUACUGAGACAGCAAGGGAAAUCGGGGAUCGACGGACGUUGGAGCAGCAGAGAGCUUAGGUGGAUUGGACUAGACCGAUCGGCAUGGAGGCCAAGGCCGCCGCCGCCGGCGGCAUCUCCCUCUCGGCGCCGCUGCAUCGAUGCUGCUGCAUCAACAUCGUCGCGCCAGCGGCGGGGCGCUCCGCACAGCGGCUGCGCAAGUGCCGGCGCCAGGCGGCUCCUCCUCCUCCUCUCAGGUCGUUCGCUGGCCGCUCCUUGUCGCGUACCGCCCGCGUCUACGCGGCGGCUGCGGCGGCGGACGCGCCGGCGAAAGACCAGGACCUCGUUUUCGUCGCGGGCGCCACCGGCAAGGUUGGCUCCCGAACCGUAAGGGAACUCAUCAAGCAAGGCUUCCGCGUCCGCGCCGCCGUCAGGAGCGCGGCGAGGGCAACUCCCCUCGUCAAGAGCGUGGAGCAGCUGGAGCUAGGCGGAGACGCGAGCGCGAGGCUGGAGGUGGUGGAGUGCGACCUGGAGAAGCAGGGCGAGGCGGGCAUUGCGGCGGCCAUCGGCGGCGCGUCCCUUGUGGUGUGCUCCAUCGGCGCCAGCGAGAAGGAGAUCCUCGACGUCACGGGCCCCUACCGCAUCGACUACGUGGCCACCGCCAACCUCGUGCGCGCCGCCGCCGCCGCCGCGGGGUCCGUCGACCACUUCGUCCUCGUCACCUCCCUCGGCACCAGCAAGAUCGGCUUCCCCGCUACCCUCUUAAACUUGUUCUGGGGCGUUCUGUGCUGGAAGAGGCGGGCCGAGGAAGCGCUGAUAGCCAGCGGCAUCCCGUACACGAUCGUGCGGCCGGGAGGGAUGGAGAGGCCGACGGACGCGUACAAGGAGACGCACAACAUGGUGCUGGCGCCGCAGGACACCUACUCCGGCGGCCAGGUGUCGAACCUCCAGGUCGCGGAGCUGAUCGCGUGCAUCGCCAAGAACAGGGCCGCGGCCUACUGCAAGGUUGUCGAGGUGAUCGCCGAGACCACCGCGCCGCUGCUGCCCAUGGAAGACAUCCUCGCCAGCGUCCCUUCCGACCCCGGCAGGGCUCCUCCUCCACCCGCUGCUGCUCCGGCCGCCAUGGAGUCGCCUCCUGCAGCAGCACCGGUAGUAGUACCAGCUGCUCCUCCUGCAGCAAAAGCAGAGCAACGGCCGCUCUCGCCCUACACGGCGUACGAGGGGUUGAAGCCGCCAUCGUCGCCAACACCCAGCAGCAGCAGUAAGAGGAAGGACGAUGAUUCUGCUGCUGCUCCUCCUCCUCCUCCUCCAGUCUCAAACCGGCCACUGUCCCCUUACACCGCGUUCGUGGACCUGAAGCCUCCGGCCUCGCCGUCGCCCAGCCCGCCGCGCUCUGCCGCCGCCUCGUCGAACGCAACGACCGGCGCCCCCGCUGACGCGGCAGCUCCGUCUACACCAUCGCUGGACUCAAACGUCGACAACGGCACUCCCACCACUGAUCCUGCGCGCCCACUGUCGCCAUACGCCAGGUACGAUGAGCUCAAGCCUCCGACCUCGCCGACUCCAACCGCGCCCAAAGUAUAGGCCGGCCGGCCACGCACAUAGAUUUAUCUGUAUUUUUCUUUCUUGUUUCAUGCUCGCUUCUUCGGUGGCCUCUGUCUAGUAAUAUGCGCGCGCCAGCGUAUGUAUAUGCCAAUCUUUUUCGACAAUACAUGUACAUGAGAGGAGUAUGACACGAGUUACAUGUCAGUCCAGGCAAGCAUUUUGGCAAAACUGGAUGUGUGCCCGUCAAAAUAAACGUGAGAUGAGUUUUGGAUUUCA